CUUGGGGCCGAAAGUGCCUGCUACCAAAUUUUAAAGGUCAAGGACUACAAAAGGAUUUCCGUUAGUCAAACUUCUUCGUCGGAUCUGAUAUUGAGACAUUUUUAAUUGGAAUACAUGUGGCCCUGGGCCAGAGAGACUUGCAAAAAGUCAAUCUAGUCUUUUGGUCAGAGACAAAUUAAUUUUUUGAACAUGAUGAUCAAAAUCUCAUUGCGCCUGGUGAGGGCCACACAGGAAGGCAUGGCUCUGCUACAUCAGUUUCUGCGUACAUACACACGCUACGCCUUCUACUCUUUCCGGGACCGCAAAGGCCGCCAGAGUGAGAACAGCAAGCCAGUUCACCUAGACGGGCCCAAACACAGCCUUAUGUACAGCAACGUGGAGGACUUUGUGCUGAGCCAGUGGAGUGACAAUCCCUUGCCUUACGCCAUCUACCGCACAUGUGCUGCUGCCUUUUUCUUUCUGAUGACAUUCUAUGCAGCCCUGUUUGGGCCUGUUGGAGGGAAGUUCAUGAUCAUGCUCACAUAUUGGUCUUUCAAUAUCCUAGUUGUCAGCCAGAUUGUACGAGCUGUUAAUUGUUGGCAUUACAUCGAUCUCAAGAAAAGAGGAGAAGAUGUACAUGAACGACUACGAAACAAGAGACGGAUAAAGGUUCAAUGGCUGCUGCACAACCUGGCCAGUGACUCUGCUCCACUUGUGUCUGUUCUCUUCUGGACUAUAGCUUAUGAUGGCAGUGGAUUGACAGUAAUUAACUGCACAGUUCAUGGUCUGAACGCCAUGUUUGUCCUGCUGGACAUCUUGAUAUCGCGUACGCCAGUUCGCAUGCUGCACCUGUACCAGUGCUCCUGCCUGGGUAUCCUCUACACCCUCUUCAGUUACGUGUACCACCUGUGCGGGGGGACCAACCACAAGGAUGAGCCAUACAUCUACAAGCCACUAGACUACGCCAACAACUUCCGAAUGGCCAUUUCCACUGCCCUGAUGUCCAUCUUCCUAGUAGCACCUCUGAUACACUGCUGGAUAUUUUUCCUGUACAGAUUUAGGCUUUUUAUACACCGGUACCUGAGAGCUGUGGAGAAGAGAUCGGACCACCCGGCCAAGGAAAAAGCUAUGUAACUGCUGGGAUAUUAACUAUGAGUGAUUUAUAUUUACAGCCUUCCAUGUGCCUCUUAAAAUUAGAUUGUUGAAGGUAUUAUCAUUUACACCCUCAUCAAUUAAAAUGUGAAUGAGUGUCUAUAUUCUAAUUUGCCAGUACAGGUUCUUCAGUUGGCAAUUUAAGUUUUAGGAAACUGUUUAUAGUCACUACAAAAGUAAUUUUACUUUAACAUCACAUUAAAAUGCCCACAAUUAGCCUAAUUAAUGCAAAGCACACUUUAAUCAGAAAUCAAUAUUGUUUUGUGUGUGUUUUAAGAGCCAAUAAGUUAUUGUAUUGGAAAAAAAAGCAUUAUGUAAUGUAUGAUAAAAGUAUGAUGUUAUAUAUCUUGCCACGCAUGUUGUCUUACAAUCAGAUGUUGUUAGUGCCCCAUGUUUUUUCACUUGUGAGGAUUGAGGUUUCCCCUCAUUCCAUCCACAGGUGGUUAGCGUGUGGCUAUGAUAUUAAUUAGUGAAAACAUCAUUUUGAAUGAUAAAUAAUCAUAUUAUAACGAAAAAUUAACUUUUCUGAAAAAAAAAAUAUUUCACUAUCAAAUAUAUAUAUAACAAGGUAUGCAACUCAAAAUCAGCCCAAAACGGGGUGCAUCGCUUUGAACAGCCAUAUCUUCAUAAAUUUUGCAGCGAUUUUCACGAUCUCGGUCUUAUUCAACGCAGAAAUGAAUUUCCUUUCUGGAAAUGUAUAUGUCUUGCAAUAUUUUAACAAAUGCUGGGUCAACUUUUAAGAAAUAACACGAUACACAACACGCAUGACCCAGUUGACAGUGAUCAUGCUGUCUUUAAGACUGAAAUCUUCACGGAGUAAAGGGCAACUUCCCUACAAAGUUCAUGUAGUUCGAUACCAAAAUUCAAUAAAACGUAUGAAAAAACAUUAUUACCGUUCUUGUCGUUACAUUCUGCAUCAAGACUAACUGUCCAGCGCCGUUUGAAACCUUUGUUUACAUACAUUUCAACUAACUGACAUUUUAAACAUACGAGUGAUUUCAUUGGUCCAAUGCGGAGGUGUGUCUUUACAACUGGAGAUUUCAUUCAUAAAGAAUACAUGAUCACUGUCAACUGGGUCAUGCGUGUUGUGUAUCGUGUUAUUUCUUAAAAGUUGACCCAGCAUUUGUAAAAAUAUUGCAAGACAUAUACAUUUCCAGAAAGGAAAUUCAUUUCUGCGUUGAAUAAGACCGAGAUCGUGAAAAUCGCUGCACAAUUCAUGAAGAUAUGGCUGUUCAAAGCGAUGCACCCCGUUUUGGGGUGAUUUUGAGUUGCAUACCUUGUUAUAUAUAUAUUUGAUAGUGAAAUUUUUUUUUUCAGAAAAGUUAAUUUUUCGUUAUAAUAUGAUUAUUUAUCAUUCAAAAUGAUGUUUUCACUAAUUAAUAUCAUAGCCACACGCUAACCACCUGUGAUUCCAUCUGUCUGUUAGCUGAACUGGAUUAUGUGAUAUCUAUAGAGGUACUGAAGAUUCUUUGAUAAGAUCUUAUUGUUUACUGAUAAAUUAAUGGUGACAUGGGGAUUAUGCAUGACCGGUUAUUUUACAUAAGUCAAAUGUCUGGUCACACUGUUGCACAAAAUGGAACAAAACUUCAUGUUGUAGUCACUCAAAAUGUACAUAUACAAAUCCUGAAACUGUUUCUACCACAUGUUUGCUCCUUUUUUCUGUCAAUAUGUCCCUCUUUUUAACUGUUUGUCAUUGUGCCUAUGUGUCCAUAUGAAUAAACUAAAAUAUGUCUGAAAGUACACAGUGAUCAUGUAACGUGGUGGCAUACAUGAGAGGUGAUGACAGUUAUUAUGCAUGGCUUUUAACUUCUCCAGAGGUUAAGGUCAGAUAACUGUAACCAAACAAAAUACAGUAUAUAUUGCAAUAAUUCGAAGGUAUGUUGGUUAUGAUUGUAAACCAUGGUAUACACAUUUUUUAAAGAUAAUAUGAGGUUUAUGUGCAACAUUUUAUCCACCAGAGGUUAAACACCUUUUUUGAAUGUUUAAACAAGAAUUAACACUCAUGACAAAUGGACAUGAAUUGAUUGUAAAAUGUUACACACAUACAUAUGAAAGGUAAUAUGAAACUUAUAACAAAGCUGUAAUUGGUUGAAGUGUUUGAAUGUUUAUACAGAAUCUCAUUGGUGAUGGAUAUAGCAUUUAUAUAUUUCUUUUCAUUCUGUUUUGGGUUUAGGUUAUUUGAUGUAUCAUAAACAUCAGUUGUAUUAUUAUAACAUUUCCUCACUUCUCAUUUCAUUUUUAGCUCGGCUGUUUUCGGAGAAAACCCGAGCUAUUGUCAUGGCCAGCUCGUCGUCGGCCGUCCACCAUAGGCGUCGUGCUAAAACCUUAACAUUGGCUCUAAAAUCAAAGUGCUUCCACCUACAACUUUGAAACUUCAUAUGUAGAUGCACCUUGAUGAGUUCUACAUGCCACACCCAAUUUUGGGUCACUAGGUCAAAGGUCAAGGUCACUGUGACCUCUAAAAAAAAAAUCUGACAAGCUUUCGCAGCCGAGCGUUGGCACCCGUGAUGUGGUGCUCUUGUUAAAUAUUGUUUUGACAACUGCAAUCUUGUCAGGAUUUAAAAUAUAUUGACCACUACAGUGUUGUUUGUACUCUAUCGUGUGUGUGGCUUUUUUCAAAACUUGUUUCUAUGAUUGUAUUAUUUACAUAAAUGUUUUGAUCUGCCAACCACUGAUCUGAAAAUAAA